AUGGCGGUCAAGGAGUUUACGUCGUGGAUAUACCGCAAGGCAUAUGCACAGCAACAAGCGGCCGAGGCGAGGAAAGAAGCUGCACGCAACGAUGCUGUCGGCAACUUUGUCGACUUGGAGGCCGUCGCGGAUCACCUACGAGCCAGCAUGGACCAGAGUCAGCCGGCGGCAGUCAUCCGCGAGACGACCAGCCUGAUGUUCGGGACGCACCUUGACGCCUGCACGCGCUACCGCAACACGGCUACUGGGCGAAUCGACUACGCCAAGGUGCACGCAGCCGAACACGCCGCCCUCCGAAAACAGGACGAAGUCCUCCAGAACCUCUCGGUCGCCGGCGUCAUGACGAUCAACACGCAAGACCACGACUUCUUCAAGCCCCUCCCCAAGCUCGGUGAGAUCAAGAAGCGCAGGCGACGAGGAGGCUACAGCGGCGGCAAGUACUCGGCGCGGGACGUCGAGCGAGCGGCGGAGACCGACAUGAUCGACAUGCUCGAGUACAGCGUGACGGUCGACCAGCAGUACCUCCACCGCGACGACGAGGGCGACCGCACCGUCACCCGCCUCCUCAACCGAGCGCGCGAGAUCCGUACGGGAGUACCCGGUGCGCCGGACCGCGACCCUAAGUUCGAAGAGGUGGCGGCUCUACUCGCCCAGGUUCCGCCGCAGAACAUUGUCGUCCUCGGCCGCGACAACGACCUGAUCGCGAUCGACACGCACCUCGAGCGGCGAUGGGUCGUCACCCCUCGCAUGGGGAUCCGCGAACCCCCGCUGUUCCUCCGGACGCAGAACGUCCCGCGAGCCACGGCCUCAGGCGUCGGCGUCGGCAAAGGCGGCAAGGCGUCGACAACCGAGACGCGCCAGCUGACCGUCUCCCUCUUCGACAUGGACGGCGUCGACCGGCUUCUCCCUCUCGACUUGACGCGAGUCGACCGCGCGGUGCUCGCCGCGCUGAUCGGCAACGACUACUCGAACGGCGGCGUCUUUGGCGUCGGCGUCAACACGAUCCUCGCAGGGCUCAUCGACGAGGGUCACAAGGUCGAGUGGACGCUCGAGAACGCGCUCAUGGUCCGUGACGCCCUCAACACCGACCUCGGCAUGCUCAACGGCUCGAGUGACGAGGCCAAACGCCGUCGCACGACCCUGGGCCUCCACCAGAGCAAGUCCAUCGUCCAGGUCGGCGAGUCGACGGUGCGAGGUCUCAUCGACGCAGUCGACGCAGCCCUGGGUCGGGACGUCGAGAUAUUCGACACGAGGGAGAUACCCUGGGUCGAACACCACAACGACGACAUGCGCGUGCGCUUCAACAACGGUACUCGCCCUCCGCCACGUCCGUACGACGCCAAGGGCGCCGAGAAGACCUUCAUGUACCGCCGCCCGGUUCCUGGCCAGCCUCACGCCGAACAGCGUCGGUUCCCACCCUCCCCUUCGCCGUUCCUCAAGCUGCCGAACCCGCUCGUUCCGCUGCGCAACUCGCCGAUGCCUCGCGCCGACGACACAAGCACCGAGGCGAAUAGGCGCCGAGAACUCGCCCGCAGGAUCGGGUCGUCGCGCUCGAGCACCAUCCGCAUCACCGCGAUCAGCUCGGGUGCGAGUCUUCACGCCGCCAUGCUUCGCCGUGCUGGCACUGAGCGCGACGAGGACGAGGGAGGCGACGAGGACGAGGGAGGCGACGAGGGCACAGGCGACGCGGCGAAACCCAAGCCGAAAGGUGGGGACGAGCGGAAGAGCAAACGGAAGGGCAAGCACGGCGGGAAGCGAGGGAAAGGGAAGAAGGAGGACAACAGCGCCGUGGUCAAAGGCGGGCAGGAGGGCGAUGCAGCGCCAGAGCAGGAGCAGGAGCCGCCGUCGAAUGACAAGGACGACAAGUCCGAGUCGCGGGUCCGGCUCGACUCGCAAUUCGACACCGUCUGCACCGACCCCCUCAGGACGCGCUCCAUCGAACGCACGCUCCACAGGGACCAGAUCGAGCUUCGCCCGCCGCGCGACGUUCCGCAGACCUCUCCCACACCCAAGCAACCCAGCGCGCCCGGCUCGGCGAAACAGCGCACGCGACUCGCCUCCAGCGGCAUCCCCAACAGCGCUCCUCGCGUCGGCGGAGUCUUCACCGGCGGGAACAGGCCUCGCGCGAACGGCCCGGCCAACAUCCAGGUCGCGCGAUCCGAUAAACCCGUCGCCGACAUCCUCUCGCUCCUCAGCCUCUCCUUCGCCCUCUCGACGCUCGAACAGAACGACGUUGCCGACGAGUGGGUCGGGGCAUGCGGGACGGACGAUGACUUCUCGUACCUAGCCAACAAGGCGCGAGGCCGCGACUUUCAUCGCGACCUUGCUCGGCUCAUGUGCGGAUUGGGUGGCGAAUUCAUCAAGGGCGGAGGACAAGGCGAGGGUGGGACGCUGAAGAAGGUCGGAAGUGGCGGGCAGGCGAUAACCCUGGACGAGCACCACGUCGCCGCAGUACGCGCAGUCGAAGCGAAACGCCCACCCAACGUCGUGCGCCCCGCCGAGAUUGGCCAAGAAGCAUGGAGCGUCGUCGUCAACCCUCAGGCAACCGCGAUUCUCAAAGCGGUCGUCGACAAGGCGGUCCUCUCCCUAGGCGCGCUCGGGUCGGCCCUGGCGAAGGAUAUCGACACCCUGGUCGCGAACGGUCGCUCGCUGCGUGCGGAAUGGGUCGACAUCGGUCCGCUGCCGGACCUCGAGACGUACCUGCGCAUCGACCUCACCGGCGCCGACGAACUCGCACGGUUCAAGCAGCUCCUCGCCUCCGUCCUUCCUACGAUCCUCGUCGAGACGCCGUUCGACCCGCAGCGUGCCAGGCGAGGCGCAUCGCCCGCUGGAAAGGCCGAUGCAAGCCAGCCUGCAAAGAGGAGGCGGAGCGGGCGCACCAAGUCGGCGGCUGAUGCCGCUCAAGCUCCGGCUGCUCAGCCCGCUCCAGCUCCCGCCCCUGCUGCAGCUCACCCGGUCGACUCGUCAGCAUGGACGCAGCUGUUCGAGAAAGGGGAGUACGAAGCCCUCGUCAAGUUCAUCCGCAGCGAGUCGCUCUCGGACUUGAGCGACUCGAGCGAGUCCGUCUCGGACGCGAGCGACUCGAGGGAGCCAGGGCGCGGCAGUUCGGGGCGCGUUCUCGCCGAUCUCGAACGAUGGAUCGAUGGCUGGCUCGCAUGGCGGGACCGGUCAGUCCGGAUUGCGGCCGGGAGCGCAGCCGCGGCAUCGUCCCUCGCCGGCAGAUCGUUCGCCGAGAUCGUCGAGGAGGAGAAGGACGUGGCGCACGGCCUUCUCCCUUUCUUCUAUCGCUGCGAAAAGUUGCGAGGCGUCGACAAGCCGCUUCCGACCGUCGAACCCGACUUUCGCCCGCUCAACAUCAUCUGCCUCCUCCGCGUCAUGGGCAGCGAGUAUUUCCAGGCCUUUGUCGAGCGCGCCGCCGAGCAGGUCCAGGUCGCGUACGACUCGCUCCGCCAGAACAUCAAGAACAAGGCCGACCGAUCCACCGCCCACCUCCUGACGUUUGAGCCGCUCAUCCAGCUAUUCGAGAACGCCGACGGGAGUGGUCUGCCGCUGUGGGUUCACGUGCAGAACGGCGACGAUGUCGAGCUGCGGGUGAAGGGUUCCAUCGUCGACGGGAUCGGGCGGGUCAUACAGGAGCUGCGCGACCGAUUCGGCUGCGCGACUGGCUCGCUCAACGAGUUCAUCGUAAAGCGAGGCGCGCAAGUCGAAGCGAUGUACCAGCUCUUCAAGACCGACCGCUUCCCGCGCACGUUCUUCGCGAGCGGUCACUUCCUGUUCUCCUUCUCGGAGAUCUCGUUCGUCGGCCACCACGUCGAUGGGCCGAAGCCCUGGCUUGUCAAGACGAUGGAGAAAGGCCCGACCGUCUUCCUAACCGACGCCGGGAUCGCGAUGUCGUACCUCGUCCAUCACGCGCCGAAUCUGAGGAACAAGGGCGGCUGGAGUCACCUUGACCCCGUCAAGUACGACCGCGGAAUGGACAAGGACCGGCUCGUCGAGUACGUCGUCGAGGGCGGCGCUAUCCGCGAGCGCCGGAUCGGCACGAGGUUCCGCUUCUUCGGCGGGAACAUCAGCCACAACAACCUCCUCGGCAAGAUCCUCGAACACCGCCGCAACGACCUCGACCUCCCUCGCGACCGCCGCCCGCUCGAGGCCAUCGAGAAGCCGUUCCGCAAGCGCUUCUGGUCGGCGCGAGAGAGGCCGACUGAAGGCGGCGUUCCCGACAACUGGUGGAGGUGCUACACGCCGGGACAAGCGAACGCCCUCCGCCGCUGGAUCGGCGGGACUCCCGACGACAAGCUCGUUUUGUGCGCAUGCGACCCCGGCGAGAACUCGCCCGUCACCGUCUUCAACUCGGUUGCGAACGAGCACGCGAUCGGCGGCCGGUCCGAGGGCUUCGCGAGCGUCGCCGCCAACAACUUCCGCGCCAUUACCAAGACUGGCCAGCGGCGGAUGUCGGCGUUCAACGUCGCCUUCAACAACGAGUUCUCGCCCACGUUCUCGGCGUCGAGCGUCUCCGAACGUGCCGCCGUCUACGCUCUUCGCAAAACCAACCAAGUCGGCUACGGGAUCCGCCGCCUGACCAAGGUCCGCGCCAAGGCGAUAUACCGCCGAGUCGCGAACGAGCUGGCCGACUUUAUCCUCGGCGGCGAGCUGCAGAAGGGGGUCGGCGUUGACCCAGAGACCAAGGUCGUCCUCGCCAUAGGGCACGGCUUCAAGACGAAGCGGCGCAGCGAAGGCGCCGGGACGACGCUGCCGCUCUUGCGCGAGGUCGACGACGUGCUCAGCCGUCGUCGAGUCGAGCACCGCUUCGUCGUCGUCAACGAGGCGCAUACGAGCCGGCGUUGCUCGAACCCGGACUGCGUGGAUGACGAGGGGCGGCGGUCAAGGGUCAAGCACGCGACUCUCGGCAGCGGUUCGACAACUCGCAACCUCUUGCAUUGCGAGACGUGCGAUUGCGUGUACGGGCGCGAUGCGGCAGCGGCGGCGAAUAUCGCAGCGAGCCUGGCCAGUCUACUGCAGACUGGCCGGGCAAAGUGGUAG